CGAUUUACAAAAAAAAAUAGGUUACAUAAAAAAAUACAUAUAGAAAUUGCAUCCUAUCUACAGGGCUUGAAGAACAAAAACGCCAAAUUAAUGGCAGAAUUAUACUGACGCCGACGUGGGUGUUGGCUCCAUAUGUCCAGUAGCUAUAUGGGCGGCACAACAAAUAAGGUUUCUUUGACACUGAUUACCCACCGGUGUUGUCAACAACUGUCAAUUUUGCAUAUGCUCCAAAUUUUCGUCAUGGACUACAUUUCUCCGUAUUUGCCAGACAAGCUCGGAUUAUUUUAUUACGUCUUCGUGGGCGCGUGCGUUUUGGGUGCCCUCUAUUUCAACGACUUGCUCAACAAAGUUUACAUCUACGGUGGUGGCGAUAACAAAUUGGUGCAUUACGGAUAUCAGAGCGAUAACGGUCCGGCGGUAUGGAAACUGUACUACACUGAAGCCGGAGGUCAAAGACAGUCUCCGAUCAACCUUUCGGUAGUUUCAGCCAUAAACGUUCCGUCAGAAAUACGACCGUUACAGUUUUCCGAUGAAUUCAGUUCCCAACCCUACGACAUAAAAAUUUACAACACGGGAUUGAACGUGACCCUAUAUGCCAAUUGGUACGGCAAUCGCAGACCCAGCCUGACCGGCGGACCACUGGAUAACGACAUCUACGCGCUUUUGCACAUAAAGUUCCGAUGGGGACGGUACGACGGAGAAGGCUCAGAGCACAUGAUUGAUACCCGCCAUUUUGCGUGCGAAAUGCAGCUGGCCUUCAGCAAACAACCUAUGGCGCAGCAAUGCGACGUCAUAAAUGCUGCACGGAACAGGGUUCUUUUGAUGGUCAGCUACCUAUUUAUGGUAACGCCAGACGAUAACCCCUACUUGGAGCCGCUAGUUUCAGCACUAGACUAUCUCAAACUGCCAUCGAGCUGUCAACCGAUCUGCCCGUUUCCAUUGAAACUGCUAGCGCCUACGUUCUCCAAGAACUAUUUCUACUACGAAGGUUCCCUAACUUUUCCGCCAUGCACGGAGGGCGUCAUAUGGAUCGUCCAGUCGGAACCUCUGGCCAUAUCGCACAAACAGAUCGAGCAGUUCCGAAGUUUGCUCGGGUGCCAGUGCGCGCCCAUUGCUACCAAUUGCAGACCGGUGCAAUUGCCUAACGAUAGAGACGUUUUUUAUUACGAUUAGUUUAUAAGGUGUAAAUAAAAAUGUCCCGUAAGGCCGAGGUAGCAAACAGCAAUCGUGUGCGAUUAAAAUUUCGGUACAUCCGCACCGAAUCCAGUGCGCAAGCACCUUCGUAUUGAAUAUAAUUAAACGAUUGCGAGCGUUAUCGGUGCAGUCAGUAUCAUCCAAGUUCUCCAAAACAUAAACAAAGACAAUAAGGAAGGAAAUGUAUUGGGUUUUACGCUGGCUUUAAAGUAAACUAUUUCGUAUAUUGUAAUACACACUUUUUCUUUGCAAAAAAUUCAACACUUUGCGUCUCGCCAAUUAUAAACGAUGUGUAGGGUGUACGUCAAUUUUGACAAAGACGAACAGUAUCUUCAUUAUGCAGAUUUCCAAUUCGUUUUGUAUUAUGUUCGCAGUGGUCCAAGAUUAUCCCUUUUUACUCUAAGGAAGGGAUUAAAUUUCUUAAGCUACAAUUUACAAUUUUUUUUAAUAAAAAGGGAUACCUACAGAUAUAAACUCUUUGCUUGGUGGUAUUUCCACCUUCAUUUGUUAUAUCAGAGGCUGCUAAUGUCGCAUAAUCAUAUAACAAUAAUAACAAUCAAAUAAAACCUUCAAAAUGACGUUGAGAGUACCCACUUAACCCACGUUCGAUUUUUUCAUUUACGUAUUAGAAAAAUAAUCUUUGAAAUUAGUAUACACCGACUCAAAUAUUAUUUUACGAGUUAAUUAGAAAUAUGGGGACACACACUAUAAAUUGUUUAAAUAGAGAAAUUACAUCCAAACCCUCACUUAUUUCUUUGUAGCUCCAAAACAAACCGUCAUCUAAGAGAAUAAUUUAAUACAAGGUUCGGGCUUGGAGUCUAAAAAUUUGAUGCAUAGUCCACGCUCAGUCCAAUAUUUCUGCCGCCGAUGGGAUUUAAAUCAAAUUAUUUGCAGUUCCUAAUUGGGAGAAAGAAGCGUGUACCUAUUGUGCAUACAAGGAAACUUAGCUGAACUCUGAUACCAACAAAUGUGCAUCCUGAUUAAGACUAUCUAUAUCUAGGAAUUUAAUAUACUUAAUCAAUAUUAAGCAGUUAUACUGUUGCAUCGUGUAUAAUGUGUUUCAAAUAAAAACCAUAUGAAUCAAUUUUUCCACUUAUUUUAUAAAUAUUUUUUUCAUUUUGGGGCUUAAUAAUAAUAAU